UUAGAGAGUCUCCCCCCCGGGUCAGAAAUUCAGAUCAGUUUGACAUCAUCAUUUGAGUGUAAAAAUCUAUAUAUACGAAUCUAUAUUAUAAGAAAAUAUAUCAUUAGAAUAUUAUAUGUUGUUCAAGCUAAAAGGAUAAGUAUAAUAAUUAAUUGGGCAAUUUGUAUAGAAAUUGCCCCUACUAGUCUCUACUAAAACUGCAUGUUUAAACAAGAGAGAGUGCUUUAGUUAAAAAGACUUCAAAGCCUUUGGCUUCAAGGUGUAUUUUAAAAUAAACGACCUGUCUUUAUCUCAUCUUGUAUUUCUUGGUGAGAAAUGUACCUCCCCACCGCUUCCCAAUGCAUCAGUGUUGCAUCAACUAGUAGAAAUAUAUAGAAAAUAUAAUUUCUAACUUACAAUUUUAAAACCAAKGCAGAUGGCCAUGGCAAGUCCUGAUAAGUUUACUGAAGAACAAYUGAACUAUUUUCGCAUUUGUCACGUGACAGCUCGACUCGUCCCUGAUGGCCUCCGYCAAGUGUUCAAAAAAGAAUGGGACGCUCGCUAUAAGACGUCGCAUGGUGAAUGGAACGACACUGCCAAAAAUGGAAUUGAUUUCUACAGCCUGAUACCAGCAACAGAGCAAACAUCGAAAGCGAAAGAACUUUCUAUCAUUAGAAAUGGCAACACGAUGGAAUGGGACUGCACGUGUCUUUUUUACGCAAUCCUUUACUCCAAGUGUAUUGGAAAGAAUAAACUUGACCCAAAGGUAAAGAAAGCUGUUGAUGACCUKAGACAGUAUCGMAACAAAUUCGCUCACUYCCACGAAGACACGAGCACUGAUGCAGAUUUCCAGGCUUCCAUGCAAGAUGUAAUUGAYGCUUUCCAUGAKUUGAAACUUGACACAAGUCCCAUUCAAGAUAUAAAAUCCCAACGAAGUUUUCAAACCAAAGAGCUCCAAAAAACACAAGAACUGUUGGAUAAAGAGAAAAGACGUAACCAGGAGCCACAGACAUUUUGUGAUUUGCCACCCAAGCCAUCACAUGAAGUCAUMCMACGCUCGAGYGAAGUAGACACAAUAAUGAAAGAGAUGAAAACUUUACAAAGCCGCCAUCCAAACGAGGUGACACAUGUCUACUUGUCAGGAAAUCCAGGCUGUGGUAAAAGUGAAACAGCAAGACAAAUUGGAGAGAAUUUUUUCAAUGAAACUGAGACUGCUUCAUCGAAGACAUUCGUUGCUACACUUAAUGCAUCAAGCUUGGAAUCAUUACUAAGAUCGUACAUCGAUUUUGCUCGUCAGCUGCGAAUAGAUGAAGAAUACAUUCAAAAUAUAGAAUCAUCGAAGACACAACCAGAGGAUACAAUUUGGAAGGUGAUUGGAUUGAUCAAUACCAAGUUAAACUUAUUCUCGUCGUGGUUGAUUAUAGURGAYAACGUAAUCGAUCUUAAAAAGUCUUCAAACUUUUUCCCUCAUUUAGGGAAAAAUGUAACAGCAAAAGCACAAAUACUGGUGACUACACAAGACGGGCCAUCAAUUCCUCUAGCAAGUCCUAAAAUCUACCACAAAACUCUAAGUGAAGGAAUGAAGCCUGAUGACGGCGUUAAUGCUCUUUGCUCCAUCUCUCAGCUAUUUCAAGAUAAAGACGUGGUGUUUGAAAUUGCAAAGGCACUUGAUUAUCAACCACUAGCUCUUGCCUGCACUGCAGUCUAUAUGAAGUUCGUCCGCAAUAAAAAUUGGUCCCACUGUCUUGCAAAGAUCAAAGAAGGAAAACGUGAACAAACUGAAAAACCCUACCUCGAUACAUGCAGUCAGGUCUAUUCACAAUCGAUGACAACAGCAGUGAAGAUGGCUUUAGACAGACUGGUCAUAGAAAAUGAGGUCAUGAUGUUUGCAUGUCAGAUGUUGUCGAUGCUUGCACAGGAUCCAAUACCAAUAAAGUACGUUGUUCAGUACGUUCUCAUGUGCAUGCCUGACGAAGACGAGAAUUUGUUAGAAUCUCACAUCGAGCGCGCUUCACUCUUUCUCAUUUCUGAUGAUGGCCAAGAUGUCCGUGUUCAUCAGAUUGUACAUAAUGUACUUCAAGACACGGUGAAGAAUACAGUUGAUUACCUUCGUGUAGCAAACAUAAUUACAUCGUUUGAACAGCUAGUAAUCAAAGAUGAUGAAGAACCUGAUUACGACUUCAUUAUGUCUACCAAGCCUCUAAUCCCACACUUUGUAACUCUGCAAAAAUCCAUCUCUUCUAAUCUUCAAUUCUUUCUGACAUUGCGUAAAACGCAAGCGCUCUUGGUGGCAAAAUGUCUUUCCUGCAUCUUCGCUAAAUUGUGUUUCGUGAAUGGUCAACUAAAAGAAGCUAGAAGUUACCUUGAAAUGUCUAUCAAUAUAAAAGAAGCAUUUUGCAUUGGAAAGGAACAUCUAUUAGAACGAAAUUUACUUUCCGAGAUUCUUUGUAAACUGCGUGAUUAUAAAAGAGCAAGAUUGUGUCUCGAACAAGCAUUGGGGCGCAAUCAUGAUAUUCCUGACGAUAUGAACAAAAAUUGUGGGUUGUACCUUCGGGCACUGACCAACCUUGGGAUGACGCUUUCGUUCCAGGAAUUGUCUCAAGAUAAACAGGAAGCACAGCAGUGCGUAAAAGAAGCACUUGAGAUUAUAAACAAAUUGACUCUAGAUAUUCCCUUUGCAGGGCGAAUAUUGAACAACAUUGCAGUGGUUUACUAUAGUCUUGGAAAUUAUGCAGAAGCAAAAGAAUUUAUGGAACAAUCUCUCACCAUUGACAAAACGAAGUAUGGAGAUAACCAUCCAUUUGUAUUUGAGAGAUACAAUGAUCUUGCAAUAAUGCUAAAAAUUCUAGGGGAAUAUAAGACAGCUGAAGACUAUCUGAAAAAGGCCAUUUCAGGCGGGAAAUGUCUAUAUGAGGAGAAUUCUCCCUAUUUGUCAACAUACUAUGGUAACCUUGGUAAAGUGCUGAUUGAUCUCAGACAGAACAAGGAAGCCAAGAAAUGCAUGGAAAGAGCACUUGCUAUUUACGAACUCACAUAUGAUGACAAUCAUCCAACAUUAGCGACUUAUUUAAAUAACCUCGGUUCGGUGCUACAAGAUCUCAGACAGUACGACGAAGCAAAGAAAUGCAUGGAAAGAGCACUUGCUAUUGAUGAACGUGUUUAUGAUGAGAACCAUCCAACAUUAGCCACUCAUUUAAAUAACCUCGGUCUGGUGCUUCAAGAUCUCAGACAGUACAAGGAAGCCAAGAAGUGCAUGGAAAGAGCACUUGCUAUUAUCGAACUCAUAUAUGAUGAGAACCAUCCAACAUUAGCCACUCAAUUAAAUAACCUCGGUUUGGUGCUUCAAGAUCUCAGACAGUACGAGGAAGCAAAGAAAUGCAUGGAAAGAGCACUUGCUAUUGACCAACGUAUAUGUGAUGACAACCAUCCAUCGUAUACUCCUUUCACAAAACAUGCAUAAUUUGCUGCAAGAAAUCAUAGAAUUCGUACAUAGAAGUAAAAGGGUCAGAAUUUUUUUUCAUAAAAAGAAAUAAGGUUGUCACCCGUGAAACACGGAAAAAAAAGUUUUGUACACGUCAUCGAUCUCAUUUUUAAUGAUAUUUUUUGAAAACAUUGUUCGUCAUUUGAAAGACAGAAAUAUUUCAUUCAUUGAAUUUUUAGUAUUAAAGUAGACAAAGCAAAAACGAUGCUUUUAUUUUUUUACAUUGAUAAAUUGUAAGAUAUAAUGCAGGUUAUAUGUUAUUUUGCUUGUGUAAAUAUGUACAUUGGAAACAUWAAGGACUAGGAGUUGAACAAGGAAACCUCACAGUUUCUUUAGACCCUGGGCAUYUCAGUACAUUGUAAAGGUUAAAACAUAAAUAACGAUACAAAUAAUACAGUUUGUAUGUACGUACACAAUAAAAAUGUGAAAUAAAAGUYAUAAAAUUCGUGUAAG